UUGGCAAUCCGGCUGGCCUGGAACGUAAACAUAACGCAGUCGACUCGACGACAACAACAGUCUUUUCCUGCAUAUUUCUUCACAGCUAGGAAACUUUGAGAAAAUCUUGAAAUAUUUUGGAACUUUUAUUCUAUUUGGAAGUGUCUCAGCGUCGAAAGAAAUGGAGGCAGCUGGCUCCAGUUCCGGUACGAGCAGUACCAUGUCUUUCGCUGAAAGGCAGGCAGAAAGAAUGAAAAAACUCAGAGAUCUUCAUCUCAAAAGGAACGAAGCUAGGCAACUGAAUCAUCAAGAAGUCGUGGAAGAAGACAAACGUCAAAAGCUGCCAUCUAACUAUGAGGCUCGUAAGAGGAGAGCUGAUUGGAUUUUAAAAGAGGAGGAGGACAGGACGACAGCUGCGGAAAAUGGGGAAGACUAUGAUAGAGUGAAACUUCUCGAAAUCUCAGCAGUAGAUGCUGAAAGAUUGGAUAAGAAAAAGAAGAAGAAGAACCCAGAUUCAGGUUUUGCUGAUUAUGAGCAAGCAACCCUUCGACAGUAUAAUCGCCUAGUUAAAGGUAUCAAACCAGACAUGGAGAAGUAUGAUGAUCAACGCAAGAAACUAGGUGAUGCUUUUUACAAUGAGAAAAACGCCAUCUUGCAUGGAAAAUUCAAGGAUUCGAAGGAAGGGAUUGACCGAAUGGUAGAUGAUUUAGAAAAACAGGUGGCAAAGAGAGAGAAAUAUAGCCGCAGGAGAAUGCACAACGAUGAUGCAGAUAUCGAUUACAUUAAUGAACGCAACAUGAACUUCAACAAGAAGCUGGAACGCUUCUAUGGACAGCACACAGCAGAGAUUAAACAGAAUUUGGAACGGGGAACUGCUGUAUGAUAACCAUACUUUAAUGGCAUUUUGUGAUUAUUUGUAUUUGUUUUUUGCUUCUUUGCAUAUUAUAUCAUUUGAAUAGAAAUCCCAACAAGAAUGCAAGUUUGUUGCCUACUGCCUCUGUUGCAUUUGUAUAAGAAUUGAUGUGGUGUGCGUGUGCGGGUGAUGUGAAUUUCUGGCACACUUAGGUACUCCAUUCGUUAAAUUUUGUGUGUGAGUGUGAUUUAUUUAGGUACCAAUUUAGAGUCAUUGAAAUUUUGAUCUAGGAUCCUGUAUUCUGUGAGAAAAAAGGAUUUCACAUUUUGAAUAGUACACUGUGGUGAUUGUACGGUAAUAGAACCAUACUAUUUCAUUUUUCUAAUUAAAAAUUCAUAACUCCAGUGUUA